ACGCAAUAAAAUUCUUCCUUCCACGACGUCGAAAAGCCAAUUUGGUUACAGGUCCGAAUGCUAAAAAGAAAAUACAAAAGCCAAUUUGCAAUUUUCCUCUUUCUCCUCAGACCACGUGGCUACGAACCAAUCGGUCAGCACCUAAAAAUUCGCAAUAGCAUCAAAAAGCGCCCAGAUCUAUGCGAAUAAACACAGCGACGCCACUUGCGAAACUUCCCCAAAAUAUAUCCCCCACCUAUCCGCUGCCUCCGUUCAUACCGUAAGCUCAACCAUUCUCACCCUCCGCCCGAACCAUCUUGGUUCGACCUGAUGGUUGAUAUGUUUAACCGGUCUAUUAUAAAGGGUUUGCUUCAUCAUCUCAGUCUCAGAUUCGGCCCAACCGUUUCGUGCUCCCCUUCUGCAUCCGACCCCAGCGGAUCACCGCCCCAUCCUUGAUCCAACCAUUCUCCGACCCUUCCAAAAUUUCGGCAAGCAAGAAGGGUCUGCAAAACCAGUAUUUUUACUCCAGCGCGGCACGCAGCCCUAGGUUACCGUCCGCUCUCCACACGCCUCUGUUCUUCUCUUCUCUGCUCCACUUCCCUCCGCCCUCUAUCUUAUCUCCACCGCCACCGAUCAUCAAUUUUGAUUCAGAUCUUAUCUUCUCCCCACUCCUGCUGCCGUAAUCAUCCGUUUCGCUAUUUUGUCCGCUUCCUCUCGUUGUAUGCGCCGCGAGCGAUCGACGUCAUGUAUAUAAACGGUUCUGCCUCGGCGGCUUCUUCACUCCUCCGAAGAGCGUCCAGGGCUAGAAACGUCUCUUCGCUGUCUCCCUCGUCCUCUUCUCCCGCUCUCGCGUCUCCGUCGCCUGCGGCGGCACCGAAAUUGUCCCCGGCUUCUUCCUUGAAUGGCAGCUACCGGCACCAGCAGCAGCGAUCUCUGAGUUUCUACUCCGCCGUCCGAUCCCUCCCGCGGUGGAGCCACGGUGUCAAUUGGCUGUCUUCACGCGGCGGUAGUCCGAGUGCGUACGCUAGAGCGGGUGCUAUCCCGGCGAUUGAGCAGUUCCAGAGGAAGAUCGCAUCCAUGGCUACCGAGCAUCCUUUCAAGGAAAUUUUCACUUCCCUACCCAAGCCAGGGGGCGGGGAAUUCGGGAAGUUCUACAGUCUGCCUGCUCUGAAUGAUCCCCGUAUUGAAAAGCUUCCCUAUUCCAUUAGAAUUCUCUUGGAAUCUGCCAUCCGUAACUGCGAUAACUUCCAAGUCACCAAAGAAGAUGUUGAGAAGAUCGCUGAUUGGGAAAAAUCCUCCCCCAAACAAGUGGAGAUCCCCUUCAAGCCUGCUCGUGUUCUGUUGCAGGAUUUUACUGGAGUACCAGCUGUUGUCGACCUAGCUUCUAUGCGUGAUGCAAUGGCCAACCUUGGCAGUGAUCCCAGCAAGAUUAAUCCUUUGGUCCCCGUUGAUCUUGUAAUUGAUCAUUCAGUUCAAGUUGACGUGACUAGAUCAGAAAACGCCGUACAGGCUAACAUGGAACUUGAAUUUCAGAGGAACAAGGAGAGAUUUGCGUUCCUUAAAUGGGGUUCUACUGCUUUCGAUAAUAUGCUUGUAGUUCCUCCUGGUUCCGGUAUUGUGCAUCAGGUCAAUCUCGAGUAUCUUGGACGAGUUGUGUUCAACAAGGAUGGGGUCAUGUAUCCUGAUAGUGUGGUUGGAACUGAUUCCCACACUACCAUGAUUGACGGAUUGGGAGUUGCUGGGUGGGGUGUCGGAGGCAUUGAAGCUGAGGCUGCCAUGCUGGGUCAGCCCAUGAGCAUGGUGUUACCUGGUGUUGUUGGAUUCAAGUUGUCUGGAAAGCUGCGCAAUGGUGUGACUGCCACUGACUUGGUCUUAACUGUAACUCAAAUGCUGAGGAAGCAUGGAGUUGUAGGAAAAUUCGUCGAGUUCUAUGGUGGAGGAAUGAGUGAGCUGUCAUUAGCUGAUAGAGCAACCAUAGCCAACAUGUCUCCUGAGUAUGGUGCAACUAUGGGGUUCUUCCCUGUAGAUCAUGUCACUCUAAAGUAUCUUAAACUGACUGGGAGGAGUGAUGAAACUGUAUCAAUGAUUGAAGCAUAUCUGCGGGCAAAUAAGAUGUUUGUUGACUACAAUGAGCCGCAACUAGAAAGAGUGUAUUCAUCGUACCUGCAACUAGACCUUUCGGAGGUUGAGCCCUGUAUUUCUGGACCCAAGAGACCUCAUGAUCGCGUGCCUCUUAGAGAGAUGAAGUCAGACUGGCAUUCAUGUCUUGAUAACAAAGUUGGAUUCAAGGGUUUUGCCAUACCUAAAGAAUCCCAAGGCAAAGUGGCUAAGUUUUCAUUUCACGGGCAACCAGCAGAGCUUAAGCACGGCAGUGUUGUGAUUGCUGCAAUCACCAGCUGUACCAAUACCUCUAAUCCAAGUGUCAUGCUUGGAGCUGGUCUCGUUGCCAAAAAGGCCCACGAACUUGGCUUGAAGGUCAAGCCAUGGGUAAAGACAAGUCUUGCUCCAGGUUCUGGGGUGGUUACAAAGUAUUUGCUUGAGAGUGGUUUGCAAGAGUAUUUGAACCAUCAGGGCUUCAACAUUGUUGGUUAUGGCUGCACAACAUGCAUUGGUAACUCUGGAGAAAUUGAUGAAUCUGUUGGUGCUGCUAUUACAGAAAAUGACAUUGUUGCCUCAGCUGUGCUUUCCGGUAACCGAAACUUCGAAGGUCGUGUUCAUGCAUUGACAAGAGCAAACUACCUUGCUUCACCGCCACUAGUAGUUGCAUACGCCCUUGCUGGCACUGUCGAUAUUGACUUCGAAAAAGAGCCCAUUGGAAAAGGCAAGGACGGAAAGGAUGUUUAUUUCAGGGAUAUCUGGCCAUCUACAGAAGAAGUUGCACAGGCUGUUCAAUCCAGCGUGUUGCCUGAGAUGUUCAAAAGUACGUACCAGUCCAUCACAAAGGGCAACCCCAUGUGGAAUCAGCUCGCAGUACCAACUGGAAGCUCUUACUCAUGGGACCCGAACUCCACCUAUAUUCAUGACCCUCCUUACUUCAAGAGCAUGACUCUUGACCCUCCUGGUGCUCACGGGGUGAAAGAUGCCUACUGCCUUCUCAAUUUUGGCGACAGCAUCACCACUGAUCACAUCUCGCCAGCUGGAAGCAUCCACAAGGACAGCCCUGCUGCCAAGUUCCUCCUUGACCAUGGAGUGGACCGCAAGGACUUCAACUCCUACGGUAGUCGACGUGGCAAUGAUGAAAUCAUGGCUAGGGGAACUUUUGCUAAUAUCCGCAUUGUCAACAAGCUUCUGAAGGGCGAAGUUGGCCCUAAGACGGUCCACAUUCCCACUGGAGAGAAGCUUUAUGUGUUCGAUGCUGCAAGCAAAUACAAGAAAGAAGGACAGGACACCAUCAUUCUUGCCGGAGCUGAGUAUGGAAGUGGAAGCUCCAGAGAUUGGGCUGCUAAGGGUCCAAUGCUACUGGGAGUGAAAGCAGUGAUUGCAAAGAGCUUCGAGAGAAUCCAUCGCAGCAACUUGGUCGGAAUGGGGAUCAUCCCACUCUGUUUCAAGGCCGGUGAGGAUGCAGACAGCCUGGGCUUGACUGGUCACGAACGGUACACCAUUGACCUUCCGAGCAGCAUCAGCGACAUCAGACCUGGCCAAGACGUAACUGUCACGACCGACAAUGGGAAAUCAUUUACCUGCACAGUCCGAUUCGAUACAGAGGUGGAAUUGGCUUAUUUCGACCAUGGAGGCAUUCUUCCGUAUGUGAUCCGCAACUUGAUGAAGAAGCAAUGAGAUGCACUGCCAUUGUUGGUUUAGCCUAUAGACUUAUAGUUCAGGCCCUCACACAACAAAAAUGCACUUCUAAAGAUGAAGAGAAUUGAGUUUUGUAUCGAUUUGUAAUAAGGUUUUCUAUCCCCCCUUUUACGGCUAAAGACUGGCCCAAAAGUCCGUCCUUCCUUUGUAAGAGAUGGAGGCGCUCUCCUGCAGUUUCAUUUUGAUUCUCCCUGAAUUCUUGAUCCAUGAAAGUGGAUGCCCAAUUGGAAUGUGUUCAUUUUGCCAUUUCUCCCUAGUUUCUGUUUUGCAGUC